GGCAUCUCUGUACGUGAGAACCAACGAUAAUAUUCAGUACACAGGCUCUGUUCUCUCUUCCCAUCGACGUACUUAAUUAGUCUUGAGACAUGGGUAGCUGCAAGCUCCGCAGACGCGGCCGAUCAUCUGCGGCGGUCAAAGGUAUUAGUCAAUAUCAAGUGAUUAAUAGAGACGGACGUGGAUCCGAUUACUAGUUCCAAAAGAAGGCUUUACGUGGCCCAUGAAAUUAAGGCCCAAGGACCAUCAUACGCAAAUGUUCCGGAUACCCUCCCGCCUUUCCUACAACCGCCGCCGUCGGCGGAGAAAUAGGCUACGCAGAAAACUCUCCCUCUCGAUUGCUUUACAGGAACCCAGAAGUCCAAAUUCCAAACUGUAAAGUUGAUUGCUCAGGGUGAAGGAAGAAGAAGAAAGAACCAUCCAUGGACGGCGCGAAGAAAACCGACUGCUGCGUAGAAAUUACCUAUAUUCCUGAUACCCCACCAAUCCCUCCCGAUCAGCAACCCACCGUGAGCGUGUUUGCUUCUGUGUUAACCGAGCCGAAGCAUGCCAACAAUCUCAUAAGGAGGUUGAAUCAGAUAGCUCCACUUGAGGAUCUCCCCCAUGUUAAGCGAAUACAUAAGAGGCAUCUUGAAGGAAAAGUUCAGCUGUCAAUAAUCUUGUGUCUUGCUUCUGGGAAUGAUGACCAGCGGAUUGCCUUGCCUCAGGCUGUGAAAGAGCUUGUCGACUCCUACCAGUUGAGUCCUUUUGUCACACAAGUAUGCAAAUAUGCUGCAACAUCCAAAGAGCAAUGGGUAGAACAAUGCAAGCUAUGGCCGACAUCAUACCAUCCGCCUACUUUUAACAUUGAUGGCAUUACUGGAUUCAGCGAUGAGGAUUCACAAUCAGUUUACCGCUUCAUGAAAAUGGCCAUUGAUUUGGCAAACACUAGAGACAAUUUGAUAACUAAUGCUGCAGUCAUCGUCAAUCCUUCAGUUCAGCAGAUCAUUGCAAGUGCAUGUGAUGAAGCACACUCAUGCCACAAACAUCAAUCGGCUACUAGCUGUUGCAAUAGUUCAAAUGGAAUACAGAGCCAAGGAGGAAAUCCUCUUUCAGGUGAAUCUCUUGAGGAGCCUCGAAGAUUGCGCAUUGUUGCAUCUUGUUUAAAUCCUUGGCAAUGGUCUCAGCAAGAAUGCAGCAGUACAUCAACUUCUUAUCAAUGGCAUCCGUUGCGCCAUGCUGCUCUUGUUGCUAUCGAAUCUUCUGCUGAAAGGGAUAGACGCCUUUUCCCUGGCUCAGAUAAUCUUGCAAAUCAGUCCUUUGAAGUGGAGCCUAUGCUGUCUGCUUAUGAAAGGUCACCUGCAAAAAGGCAGAAACCUGACCACGAAAAUGUGAAGGCUGUCGGGAAUGGGUUGGAUUCUGGUAAUCAUGAUUCUAGUUCUGCAUUGAUGAGACCUUAUUUAUGCACAGGCUACGACAUUUUCCUUGUUUGUGAGCCAUGUCCAAUGUGUGCAAUGGCACUUGUUCACCAGCGAAUCAGGCGGAUAUUCUAUGCGUUUCCAAAUGCAAACGCAGGUGCAUUGGGCAGUGUUCACAGACUGCAAGGGGAGAAGAGCUUGAAUCAUCACUAUGCUGUUUUCCAAGUGAAGUUCCAGAACGAAAGUCUAAAUCUUUAGGCUUUACAGAGAGAAUAUGAAGCUAGUUUCGAUCUCACGUUGAUGUUGACUAGAACUGAUUAGAAUAGAUUAUGUAUGAAUCC